GACGAAACGCAAACGCUUGCUCCCAACGGUCACUAGUGUGAUUGACAGACAUCUAAUCGCAAGCGCAAACGCAAACGCAGAUGCAGUUGUCAAUCGCUACGGUGUGAUACGGGCAUAAAAUAUCCAUUAGACAACGGUUGGAAUGAGAGAAUUCUUCAAGUUUUUCAAGUUCCACGAGUGAUCAACAAGUCAGAAGAUCUCUUUAUAUGCAAACAGUGUGAGAUAUUUAACGUAUGACUUCGGUCGAUUCGGGAGUGGAAACCGAAAACGACUCGAAUGAUAGUUCGAUCGUUCAACACGAAAACCAACAUGCGACAGUCGUUGCCACCGCUGCUACUAAUAGUCAGGUCGCAGUUGAAGAUCUUGCAUCACUCGCUAUUAUGGACGCACGUUGCUUCAACCCGCAUUGGACAGUGGACACAACAUUCUGCUCUGUCAUGGAACGUUACAACUUCGACGAGAACAGGCAAGCCUCGUUGGCAUCCCAAGAUCCUGACCGUAAAUGGCUUCACGUAAAUCGGAUACUGAAAAUGAAUCUACCAAUGUACACAUUACACUGUGAAAGACCAAUUGGAGAUAGAAUACUUAAACCUCCAAAGAGCGGCAAUCACCAUGCGUUUAAUUUAUUGGCCGAUAGAGUUGCUCACCGCAAGUUAAGACAACGUAAAUUCAAUUGUGGAUGGGCGGAUUGGCGAACAACAAUAUCUGAACGAAGGAUGCGAGUAGCUGCUGCCACGAAUGACAUUGAUACGGUGAAGGAACUUUUGGAGAAUGAUGUAACACCCAACAAUCACGAUGCACAAGGUCGUACUCCUCUCCACCAUGCAGUCUGCAGAGGUUACACAGAAAUUGUUAGUUUAUUGUUGGGAUAUGGUGCGGACCCAAAUCAACGGGAUCGCAUAGGUAAUACUCCGCUACAUCUAGCUGCGGUUACCAGCAAGAUAUCGAUAGUGACGCUGCUCCUGGCAGCGGGCACCGACGUACUUUCGUCCGAUCGGCAUGGCUACAACCCACUGCAGCUAGCACAAGCAAAAUUGAAGAUGCUGCAGAGUUACAAAGAAGAAGGUUUGGUGAGUAUCAAGGACGAGAUGCGCAAUAUAGUCAGGAUGUUGAUGGUAUACCUCCACAAGCAGAAGAAUAUGGGCGAGCAGAUUGAAGCAUUGAAUAAUAUCUGCUCGCGUCUCUCUUUGUCCGAUACUUCGGAUCAGGUACAGGACGAUGUCAAAGAUUUGUUGGCAAACUUGGAAACUCUAGACAUAAAGAGUUAAUUACCUGUGGAUACUACAUAUGCCACUGUAAUAUAUUACAUAUAUCGUAGAUUAUUUACAUAAAGUAUAUUUACGUAAAGUUUUUCAUGAGAGUUCAUGAGAAUGUGCAACUGUUUCUGAGAACUGUACAUGUGUGUUUAUUACAUGUAUGUAUGUGAUGUAUGUGCUUUUUACACGUUUUAUGUAUUACGAUUUACUCGGGGAAUUCAAUCAGCCGAUCAAUUGAUUGAUCAUUUAUCACUCUGUAAAAAGUGUUGUAUUGCAACAAAAGCUUCAUUUUUUGUUAACAGUCGUCCAAAUCGUUCAAAGAUUUAAAUAAUCGCAUUUAAAGGAUACAUUUCAAGUUGGAAUCUGAGAACGAAUUUACAUUUAAUCAUGAUACAACAUACAUAUUAGUUGAAAGUAUGAAAAAAAUUUUAGUACAAAAACGUCAGGUCAUUUCUAAAGAUUGAUAUAUAUCAUGUGAACAAUUCCCCACUUAUUUUUAGUAUCUCUACUUUCUGAUUAUAUAUAAACAUGUAAAUAGUAUUCGUAAUAAUUUUAUACAUGCACUGUAUAUAAACCAUCCUUUGUUAAUCCUAUCUCAGUGAGAAGAUUAUUGUACUUUUAAGAAAAUGUAAGAGACAAAGCAAUGUGUCGCCAAUAAAACAUCUUAUGAUGGAAUA